CCGACUCCAGCCUCGGACGGCUUUUGCUCCUCCACCAUCUUCUCCCGCAUCUCUCCCCCGUUUCUUCUCAUCGCGCAAAAGCUCAGCAGAAAUGGUUGCCCAAGACUUUGAAGCCGUGCUCAAGGGCAAGUACCCGGGCAAGGCGCACGCCCGCCGCGUCGUCGACCUCAUCCGCAAAAAGGACCCCCAGGCCAGCGGCGUUCUCUAUCUCGAGGGCCGCCACACGAAGCUUCUCGAGGACAACGACUCGCCCGAGCCCUUCCGACAGCGCCGCUUCUUCUACUACCUCACCGGCUGCAACCUCGCCGACUGCUUCUUCACCUACGACAUGUCCUCCUCAAAGUCCACGCUCUUCAUCCCCCCGAUCGACCCCCACGAUGUCAUCUGGUCCGGCCUGCCCACCACCAUCGACGACGCCCUCAGGCUCUACGACGUCGACGAGGUCAAGCUCACCACCGAGGUCAACGCCUCGCUCGCCCACCUCGCGGGCACAAACUCCAACUCGACAGUCUACGCCAUCCAGGACCAGGUGUCGGACCACAUCACCUUGAUCGGCUUCGAGAACAAGGACUUUCAGCUCCUCAAGCCCGCCAUCGAGGUGUCGCGUGUCGUCAAGGACGAGUUCGAGGUGGCCAUGAUCCGCAAGGCCAACGCCGUGUCCAGCGCGGCGCACAAGGCCGUCGUCGAAAAGGCCAACAAGGCGUCCAACGAGAGGGAGCUCGAGGCCGUCUUCUUGGAGCGGUGCGUGGCCAACGGCGCAAAGGAGAUGGCGUACCACCCCAUUGUGGCCAGCGGCACUGCGGCGGCGACGCUGCACUACGUUCCCAACGACGCUCCGCUGGCAGGAAAGCAGCUGCUGCUGAUUGAUGCCGGAGCUGAGUGGAACAACUAUGCCUCUGACAUUACCAGAACCUUUCCCCUCAACGGCAAGUUCACCAAGGAGGCCCGCGAAAUCUACGACAUUGUCCUCAAGAUGCAACAGGAGGUCAUUAAUAUGAUCAGGGCCGACAUGCACUGGGAACAGGCCCACGUCCUGGCCCACAAGCAUGCCAUUGCCGGCCUGCUGGCUCUGGGCAUCCUCAAGGGCGACAGGGAGGAGAUUUUCAACGCCAGAAUCAGCCAGGCCUUUUUCCCCCACGGCCUGGGCCACUACCUGGGCAUGGACACGCACGAUACCGGCGGCAACCACAACCGCCAGGACCCCGACGUCCUCUUCCAGAACCUGCGUCUGCGAGGCCAAGUUCCCGAGGGCGCAGUUGUCACUGUCGAGCCUGGUAUCUACUUUUGCAAAUUCAUCAUCGACCCCUACUUGGAGAACCCCGAGCAAAGCAAGUACAUUGACACGUCUGUGCUUGCCAAGUACUGGGACGUAGGCGGUGUUCGCAUCGAGGACAAUAUCCUCGUCACGGAUUUCGGCUACGAGAACCUCACCACCGCCAUCAAGGAUCCCGCCGAGUUGGAGGCCCUGAUGGCAUCUAGCUAGAUGCGGCAAAAUCAAAUAGCCAAAAUUGAAAGAAGAGUAAAAUAGCUUUAAAAAUACAAAAAAAUACAAAGAAAAAAAGGACAAAAGAAAUGAUUGAAG